CAAUGGGUUUUUCUGUUAAUUCAAUAACCACUUUAUUAUGACCGAAAAUAAGAACUGGAUGAAACUGCAAAUACCGGCGUUAUGUAAAGGAGAAACAAGAUGACACUGUUGAUUGCACAAUCAUCAGGGUGAAAUAAACACUUGCCUCUUAUGUUAAUGAUGUAUCAAACAUGGAUGCCUUGACAUUUGGUUCGCACAGACUGGUCCAUCUAGAUCUGAAGGGUGGUCCGCCUCGAGUUUGCUACUUCGAAAAGUUAUUUCCUUUACUACGCUCAUGGGGUGCCACAGGGCUUCUGUUAGAAUGGGAGGAUACAUUCCCAUACAACAGAGAACUUGCACCUAUUGGAAGCAACGGACCCAGCUGUUUAACAAGUGGUUACACUGUGCAAGAAGCUCAACAGAUUUUGCAAAUAGCUGGAGAUUCAGGUCUAGCUGUAGUGCCGCUUGUUCAGACUUUUGGUCAUAUGGAGUUUGUACUAAAGCACGAUGAGUGGAGAUCACUCAGGGAAGUGGAAUCUUUCCCAAGUUCGAUAUGUCCCUCCAAUCCAGGAACAUUGCUCUUGGUGAAAUCGCUCAUACGACAAAUCGUCACUUUUCAUCCUGAUAUACAAUAUCUUCACAUUGGGGCAGAUGAAGUAUGGCAUUUAGGUCUCUGUUCAGUUUGCACAAAACGUGCUAGUGCUAAUAAGCACGGCAAAUCAUCAUUGUUCUUGGAACAUGUUCUGACCAUCACCCAAUAUAUUAAGGAGACAUACCCUUGCCUAAAAAUAAUUAUCUGGGAUGAUAUGAUGAGAUCGAUAGAUUUACAGGUUUUGAAUGAGUGCUACAUAGGAAAAUACGUUGAGCCUAUGGUGUGGCAUUAUAGUGCAAGGGAACACUUUAAUUUACCAGCAGACUUAUGGGAUAAAUACAGUGCAGUCUUUCCAAACAUUUGGGCUGCAUCCGCCUUUAAGGGUGCGACUGGAUCUUCCCAGCACAUUCCUGUGAUUCAUCAUCAUAUAAGCAAUCAUGAACGCUGGCUAGAGGAACUUAGCACUCAUGUGAAUAAAAUGCGCGAAUUUCGUGGCACCGCUUUUACUGGCUGGUCCAGGUAUGAUCACUACGCAACUAUGUGUGAAUUGUUGCCAACAUCGAUACCAUCCUUAGCAAUGUGUCUAAAAGUCUGGCUUCAUGGCUACUCCGAACAGACUCAUAUACAAGUAGCCAAGAGUCUUGGAUAUAUAGAUCAUCCUUUACAUUUUGCUCCACAACCUAGACCGGCUCCGAUACCGAGCAGCUUGUCAUUUCCUGGUUGGCAGGUUGUAGUAGGCAUCGAAUGGUUUCUUAAUGUUAAAACAAAGUUUCGUAAUAUUGUCGAUAGCGAACAAAUAGCCACAUGGAUGAAUCCCUGGCAAGUUGCUAAUAAUUAUACAAAUCCAAUGCAGCUCCAAAGCUUAGUACCAACUUUUACAGACAUAUUAUUGGAAUUGUCAUCCCUCGAGGGAUAUCUGAGAGUUCAAAUGGAAAUAAUAUUUUUUCCACCUACGAUCGACGAGUGGAUAGGCACGCAUUUAGAGCCAAUCAAAGAAAAAUUAAAGGAUUUAAAACAAACAACAGAAAAUCAGCUUAAAUUGAAUUCUCGUGUGUAGUAAGUUCGACAUUUUAUUAAGAGAUACUUUUAAAGGAAGUUUAAACUAUAAUUGUAUAAAGACUGGGAACUGUGGAAUAUAUUGAUACGAAAAAUACGUUGCGCAUGACUAACUCAAUACGAUAAAAGUCAUCAAAUGCAAAAUACCAAGAAUUUGUACAGUAUUGUAUUUAAUUGUAACGCUUAGGAAUCAUUUAUUAUAUAUAUAACUCUAAUUGUACCUAUAUCCUUUGUCACAAAUAUAUAUAUAUAUAUAUAUAUGUAAAAUAUAGUUUUAUACAAAAAGGA